ACAGAGUUCCCCAAUUGUGCUUUUUUAUACCGUCAAUAUCUAUCUACCCGCAUUUUUAUUCGUGCGUGCGUGCGUGCGUGCGUGCGUGCGAGUCGCGCGUGUUACGAAUUUACGUGCUAGGACGGAUGAUAUAAAAUACAGAAUGGAUAAUGCGGGUAUGUUUCGCGGGUAUGUACGAUCGUAAAUAUGCGAGUAGGACAAUUGGCAGCCCGAUCGAGUUAGGCCUCAUAACGUUUACCGCGUGGGCGUCAUGUGUGCACAGUACAUCGUGUGCUUUUAUGCGGAUGCUAUAUACGCAUACGUGUGUAUUACGCGCGCCGCGCGCGCGAGAUGACAUCACGUCGCUCGGGAACGGCGCAUUUCUAUGUCGCGGUUGUGUUUUUCGAAAAUUUCCUGGGGAGCGCGUUCUCGCUCUGUUAACGUUGUCCGCGAAUUGUUGGAACAAGUUGGAUCCACCAACCGCGUAAUGAAUAUUCCAAAAUUUGUGCACGGCAGAAUGAUAAACAUUAAUUUUGCGUUUAAUUGUAUGUUGAUGUUAUUAAUGAGAUGAUAUGAUCGUAAGAUGCAUAAAUUGACUAGUGAUGCUUAGUACGUUAUUUGGUGCUGAAGAUGAAAUUUUCAUAAUUUCACCGAAAACAUGGUAUUAUUAAAACUCCCGAUUGACUUUUUUGACACGCGCAAAUGUGUUAAAAGAGGUCAAACUGAUCAAUAAGUUUUGCUAGGUGAUUCAAAUAUUGAUAUUUUUAGGAUUUCCGUUAUAUAUACUAUACUUCGGAUUGUCUAUUACUGUAGUGUUCCCGAUUAAAGUGAUCUAAAUCGACUGGAAAUUGAAUUUAUUCGGAAUCUCACAUAUAAACUCAUUCCAUAUGAAACAGGGUUUCGAAUUAAAAUCUAAAAGUCAAAUGUGAAACAGCCAGUCAAAAAUACAUUACAUUCGUUUUUUAAAUGUGUAUUAAACACAUAUUUAAUCAAGUGUAACUUUAUGAAACUUGAUAUCGCCAUUUACAUCACUGCGAUCAAAAGUGUUAUUAAAAGAGCAUAAUCGAUUUAAUCAGAUAGAUAAUAUUUAAUCAGAUGGCGAUAUCUAUGUUCCUAGUCUGCAAGAUACUUGAAUACUAUAAGUGUUAAUUUGUCUGCAGAUAAAAAAGGAAGAAAGAAAAUAUCAUUUAAUGGUGCAAUGUAUUUUACUGAAAUUAGGCAACACACACAACUUGAAAUUUGUCACAAUUUGGAAAGCAUAAAACUGGAUUAUUUCACGAGUAUUAUUUCUUUACAAUGCUGAUUAUUUCUCAAUUUUGUGGCCGCUGGCGAAACUCGAUAUUUAAUGGUUGAAAGAUUAAUCGAGAACAAAUAAAGAACAAGCGACAGAGAAGAAGAAAGAUACGCAAUGGAAAGAGCUAAAGCUAAAUUAAAAGCAUGCAGUACAUUAUUCGUCUAAAAUUACAAUGUAUGAUACGCAUGAAGUGCGCUCAUUAUCUAUUUAAUUUCAAACGUGCGAGAUAUCUUGCGAGUGUUAAAAGGACGGGUCGCGCAAGCGCCUGAAGUUAGUCAUUGAAGAUCCGCACGCGCGAUCAGUUGAGAAAUCUGUGCGCGGCCGACUCGAAUUUUCGUCGUCGCUCGCUAGCGCUUAUCGUUAUCGCGUUCGCUGCUCGGAUCCGCUGAAUUAUCGCUUAACGGUGCGAUAGCCGUGUUUCGAAACGUACCCAUCGCGAUACCGUUACUGCCGCGUUCACUUGUUCGAUCGCGCCGAAACGCACGUAACCUCAAUCCUCGCGUUUCCGUGUGCGAACGGAUUUCGUGAAUUCGCAUGUCGCGUCGAGAGAGUGUGUAUGCGUGCUCGAUAUCUCGAACCGUUUGCGUCGUUCUUGAGACGUAUCGGACGAUUGCGAGUCCAUUAAAUAGUCGCAUGACGUGGUGCAUCUGAAGAUACCCGGCGGAGGCUUCGUCGCGUGAAAAUCGUUCAUGUAUUAAGUCGCAGUUGGGAACGACGGUAGUCUCACACAAAACAGCAGGAACCGGAGUUCGACCGCGCAGGAGGAGCCAGCAGCGCGCCGAAUAAAUGACGUAAAUCCGAGGAACGGAAGCGCAACGUCACUCGCUAACUCUCGCAAUCCUCUCCUUUCCCCAGUCCCCCCCGUCCCACCUAACCCCCCGGGAACCCGUCCCUCUCUCGGUCUCGUCGUUUCCGCACCUUCCCCUCCCUGUAACCCCUGGAACCCCCUUCUGGAUCUGUUCGGGUCUGACCCCGACACGACCCGAACCUCAGGCGUGACCCGGCCGCCGGACCUUUGCCCUCUCUUGUCACCUCCGCGCCCGCUUUGUCGCCCGCCGUCUUCACGUGCUUACAACACCGAUCUCUUACCGUCCCUACUUGCCGUCGUUCCCGUCACCAUUCUCUUUGCACGCUUCUUCUUCGGCGUCCAGAUCCAUCGCCUUCACUCACCCUCGGAAUUCCGAAAUAACCGACUCGCGCGUCACCGUUCCUUCCGAUUCCGGCAGAACGGCGCGUAAGGGUUUCUACCACCUUUCCACGCACGGAGCGAUCCAUUCCUCUCCGUCACCUCCCACCUCAUCAGCAGCACGAGCGGACCGUCGUGGUGAACGCGGUCCUGCAUCGGCUCCUCCACUGUACCGAUCACCAUCACCAUUACCACUACAAUCACCGUCAUCAUCAUCACCGUCCCGCUCCUUCCAGUAGAAUCACCGCUGCGAGACACGCGUUGGUUUGAAAACCGGCUUGAAGGACGCCACGACCGGCUUUUCGAGACACGCAUACGUAGGCAAAUACAUAUACACACAUCUGCUCGCGCGCGCGAGAGCCUGUACACCCUCGGCGGCGACCAACUGCAGUCUGUGCUGUGUGUACAAAAGAAGAGAGAGAUACUAGCGUACAAAAGCGCGCGCGUCUAGAGAGUACACUUCUCUUGGUCGACGUUUAGCUUCGAAGGCUUUCAAGCUUUGCCCGACUACCACUACUACUAUCACUACUACUACUACCUACUACUACCACUACUACUGCUACUACUACUACUACGUCCCGGCUACAGCUUCUCGAGUGCGGCGCGUUGCAAGAUCGAGGGAAGACAGAGGAAGUAGAGUGAAACGAGGAGUCGAUAGACGGAUCGACGACUCUCGCCAUCGCCUUAUCACGGAGCCAGGAGUAGCGGCCGCCAUCUCGCCUAAAACCGACCGAAGCCGCCUGAGCCUAAUCGCUAUCGAUAUAUAGCUUCACUCUUCGCUUCUACUUUUUUCCCUCUCCUACGGUGAGAUAUCUCUUCAUCCUGUCCCCCGCCUGUCAUCGCUUUCAUAACCCCUCGGAGAUUAUCGAGCGGGAUACGCGUGUACUAUCGCCGCCUUUACACACGGCCUACGAGAGCGAAGGAUUUCGCGAAAAUCGCUAACCAACGAUCUACAACGCCCACAGUCCGCACAAUCGCACUUCUUCGAUUGUCUCCGCCGCGACACGGAAUUGAUAUCGGGUGUGAGAAGCGACGUCGAUAAGCUACGAAAUAGCUUGAUAAAUACAAAUCUUUCUGCGAAACGCUUCGCCGAUAUAUAAGCAGCGCAACGACGAGAGCGGAGAGCGCGAUUCCAAGGUGAGGCAGCCCAAGAUUGUGAGUUCCCACGCGGAAGAGCCACGCACAGGAAGACAAUCGUGCUUCGUCGCUAGACGCGUACAUGGGACACUAAGAUCAUCGCAUCGCGCUUAAACGGGAGGUCUUCUGCCGUAAGGUAUACAGUUUGAAGUAGUUGAACGACUCUGAGGCACACGCGGGAUUUCGUGUACAGUGUACGUUGAGUGCGAGUAGUGAGAGGAGGCAAGAGCAAAAGGGAGAGAAAGAGAGAGAGAGAACGAGUGAGAAAGGGAGGGGUGAAUGAAUGUGUGUACGUGAGCGAGAUUGGUGAGACUGACGAGACGCGAGGCAGAAGGGUGGUGGAACGCAAGGGUCCACUGCUAGACGUCGCGAAAUCCCACGAACAAGUGCCGACGAGCUCGUGUCGCGUAGUGGUUCGUAGACCAUAAACCGUAUAUAUCCUUGGCAAAGAUCAGCCGACGCGAGUGAACGCGCGACGCGGAGGAAAAGGAGCCCACCAUCACGAGGAAGAGCUUGAGAGGGAAGAGAGGAAGUAAAGAAGGGAGAGGAGUAUCGGUGGUGAAGUCGGUGUUAGAAAGUCCGAGACUACUCUCGUGGUAGAGGCCAGCGAACGGGGAUCUCUCCGGAGUCUUCCAAGAGUGGAAGAAUGGCAAUGGUCAACAUGAAUAACCUACUGAACGGCAAGGACUCGCGGUGGCUGCAACUGGAGGUUUGCAGGGAGUUCCAGCGCAACAAGUGCACUAGGCCCGACACGGAGUGCAAGUUCGCCCAUCCACCGGCCAACGUCGAGGUGCAGAACGGACGGGUCACCGCUUGCUACGACAGUAUCAAGGGCCGGUGUAAUCGAGAGAAGCCACCUUGCAAAUAUUUCCAUCCCCCACAGCAUCUAAAGGACCAACUCCUGAUAAAUGGGCGCAACCACCUAGCGCUGAAAAACGCGCUGAUGCAGCAGAUUCAGCAGGGCCUUACGCCGGGUCAGCCUCUCGUGCCUGGCCAGGUACCAGCAGUGGAGGCACCAGCACCUCCGGCACCACACCAUCACCUUCAACAGCAAAUCCAGCAGCAACUUCUCGCUACCCACGCCUUUAUGGCGACGAAUCCGUACCUGACCGGUAUGCCGCAGGUGGGCAAUACAUACAGUCCGUACUUCGCGCCCAGUCCGAUAAUGCCGGCGAUAAUGGGCCCGGCGGACCCAACGGGCGUCGGCAGUCCGCUCGGCGUGGUGCCGCAGACAGUGGCGAUGCCGCAGAAGAUGCCACGUACCGACCGCCUCGAGGUAUGUCGCGAGUUUCAACGCGGGGCGUGCAAACGCGGCGAGACGGAGUGCCGGUUUGCGCACCCCCUCGAGACGGUGCAGGCGAACGAGGACGGCUCUGUGACGGUCUGCAUGGACGCUGUCAAGGGCCGAUGCAAUCGGGACCCCUGCCGCUAUUUCCACCCCCCUCUGCACCUUCAAGCCCACAUUAAGGCCGCACAAUCUCGGGCUAGCAUUGCGACGGCGACGAUGCCGACGAACGUGACGGGAAUGAGUGCGUUGGCUGGCGGAGUAUCAGGAGUGCCGGCAACUGCGAUGCCCGGAGGACUUCAGAGUGCCGGUAUGGCGAGCAUCGAGCUCGGCAAGAAGCGGAUGCGCGACUCCAAUGAUGAUCUGCUAAUGAUGGACAUGAAGUCUGUCGGGUCGUUCUACUACGAGAACUUUGCCUUCCCAGGGAUGGUUCCGUAUAAACGACCGGCGGCCGACAAGUCCGGCGUGCCGGUCUAUCAGCCUACUGGCGCGACGACCUAUCAGCAGUUAAUGCAGCUGCAGCAGCCCUUCGUGCCUGUGUCAUGUGAGUACACUGGAACACCACCCCUACCCACUCAAACCUCUAACCAAUCGGUCGUGCAACCCCCGAACGUGCAAAGCAACCACCACGCGAUGGUGGUGCAGUCCUCCUCCUCCCAGGGAGCCGCUGGCGCCACAGUCAAUAACUGCGCCGACGCCAACAAUGGCGUGCUGAUGGAUCCCUGCAACAAUCCGCCGCCACCACCUCCGACCGCUGACAAUAACAGUAAUAAUAGUAACGGCAAUAACAAGCAGCCGGUUACCACGCAGAAUCAUGACGCCGAAAAUGCGCGUAACUCCCCCGAAUUGAAUCACUCGAGCCCGUCGUCGUUGCAACAGCAACAGCAUCAACAACAGCAACAGCAGCAGCACCAACAACAGCAACAGAUUAACCAGCUGGCGUUGUCGGCGGCUGCAUGUGUACCACCAGCAAUGAGUCCGUUGACCUCGAUGGCCGGUCUGACAUCGAUGCCCGGUGUAGUGAACAUGGCCUCAAUGGCCUCGAUGGCUUCCAUGGCGAAUAUGCCGUCGAUAACGAAUAUGACUUCUGUGAGCAACUACAACUCCAAUAUGGCGGGUUUAAACAUGCUCAACAGCCUCGGGAUGACCUCCGGAUUGCCAGCUCCUCUCGACCCCGCAGCUCUCGCCAAAGAGGUUGCUCAGAAGAACUACGCGAAGGCUAUCAAGCUCUCCCAGGCCUCUCAGUCUUAUGGUGGUCUUAGUCAGCUGGCCGUGCUUAAUUACACUGGCGUCACACUGAACAAGCAGAACCUCAUGAAUUCCGCGGCCGCUGCCGCCGCUGCGGCCGCCGGAAAUCCCGCGGUGGCGGCCGCUGGUCUACAGGCCACUGCGGCAACUCCCAGAUCCGUCAUCCCAGCCGGUCUGGCUAGUAUCCCAGGCGCCCUGACAUCACCGUUGUCCGCGGGUAUCCUGGCAUAUUCUAGACCGCCGCCCACAGCAACCCCUAUCAAUCCUUACUCCUUGAUCAGGCAGCAGAUCCUGCCAAAUCCCUAUGUCCAAGCGUCGAUACCAGGAGUGCCUGGUGCCGCGACAGUACAGACUUCUCCCUAUGUUCAGAACCCAUAUGCCGCUUUACCUGGUGUAGCCAGUGUACCUGGAGUAGCGGCAGGCGUGGCGGCCGCGGCUGCGGCUGCAGGUGUACCACAGAUACCGCAGAUCGGCAAUCCUGCGACGAUAGCGGCGCAGCCGCAGGUAGCAAUCCCCGUGAGCUCCGGGGUAAUCAUGCAGCCGUACAAGAAGAUGAAGACUUCAUAA